AACAAGAAGAGAUCAAAUUAUACCCCUGCUACUGCUGAAUUCUUCCUUCCUGUAGUUCUUACUAAAGCGUUCGCUGAGAAUAAAAAGCAGUUCUCAGUGAAGAAUAAUAAAAACUUCCCAUAUGUUUUAUAGCAUAUACCAAACCGUCCUCAACUGCGUCAGUUCAGCCUCUGCUUCUCUAUCGCAGGUCCGACAGGCUCACGCUCACAUUCUCAAAGCUGGACUCUUUGGCAAUGUCCAGCUUACGACCAGGCUCCUUUCUGUCUAUGCUAAUAAUCUAUGCUUUUACGAUGUCAAUCUUGUCCUCGAUUCUAUUCCCGAACCGGAUUUGUUUUCCUUCUCCACUCUCAUUCAUGCUUUUGCGAAAUUGAAUCAUUUUGACCAUGUGUUGCGUGUAUUCUCUCAAAUGUUGUCUCGGGGUUUGGUGCCGGAUAGUUAUGUCCUUCCUAGCGCCAUAAAGGCUUGCGCUGGACUACAGGCUCUGAAAGCAGGGCGACAGGUUCAUGGGGCUGCUUAUGUAUCGGGCUUGGCUUCGGAUUCAAUAGUAGAAUCAUCUUUAGUGCAUAUGUAUUUGAAAUGUCACCAGAUUGGAGAUGCACAGAUAUUGUUUGAUAGAAUGCCUGAGAAAGACGUUGUUAUUUGGAGUGCUAUGAUUGCUGGCUGCUCUCGUCAGGGACUUGGGGACAAGGCGAAGGAACUAUUUUAUGAGAUGAGAAAUAAGGGCGUGGGACCAAAUUUGGUGUCAUGGAAUGGUAUGAUAGCUGGGCUCUGUAAUAGCGGGUCACAUGUUGAGGGGUUGAUGUUUUUUCAAAUGAUGUUCUCUGAAGGCUUUCGCCCGGAUGGCUCUACUAUCUCCUGUGUUCUUCCUGCUGUAGGACACUUGGAGGACUUGACAAUGGGCACCCAGGUUCAUGGUUAUGUGAACAAACAGGGCAUUGGAUCAGACAAGUUUGUGGUCAGUGCGCUUAUAGACAUGUAUGGAAGAUGUGCCUGUGCACUCGAGAUGUCACAGUUGUUUGAUGAAUCUGACCAGACGGAAAUAGGUUUGUGCAAUGCUUUUCUUACAGGGUUGUCACGUAAUGGUCUUGUUGACACUGCAUUGGAGGUAUUCAGGCGAUUCAAAGCCCAAGGAAUGGGAUUGAAUGUUGUGACAUGGACAUCAAUGAUAGCAAGUUGCUCCCAGAAUGGGAAAGACUUGGAAGCCUUGGAGUUCUUUAGAGAGAUGCAGGAAUCAGGCUUGGAGCCUAACUUUAUCACAAUCCCAAGCCUGAUUCCUGCUUGUGGAAAUAUUGCAGCAUUGACGCACGGAAAGGCAAUCCAUUGCUUCUCUAUCAGAAAAGGAAUAGUUGACGAUGUAUAUGUAGGUAGUGCUCUAAUAGAUAUGUAUGCCAAGUGUGGAAGGAUCCGGUUAUCUCGGCGUUGUUUUGAUAGAAUGCCAGCCAGAAAUUUGGUUUCUUGGAAUGCGAUAAUGAGAGGAUAUGCUAUGCAUGGAAAUGCGAGGGAAACAAUAGAGAUGUUUCAUAUGAUGCAGCAGAGUGGCCAGACAUCUGACGUUAUUACCUUCAUUUGCCUGUUAUCUGCCUGCAGCCAGAAUGGCUUAACAGAAGAAGGAUGGCAUUAUUUUAACAGCAUGUCCACUGAACAUGGCGUUGAAGCCAAAUUGGAGCAUUAUGCAUGCAUGGUGACACUGCUAAGUCGUGUAGGAAAACUUGAAGAAGCUUAUUCUCUUAUCAAGAAAAUGCCAUUUCAACCCGAUGCUUGUAUUUGGGGAGCAUUGUUAAGCUCUUGCAAAGUUCACCAUAACCUGAGGUUAGGUGAGAUUGCUGCAAAGAAGCUUUUUGAGUUGGAACCAGACAAUCCUGGGAGUUAUAUUCUUCUGUCCAAUAUCUAUGCCUCAAAGGGUAUGUGGGGUGAGGUGAAUAGAAUACGAGGUGUGAUGAAGAGUAUGGGACUUAGGAAAAACCCGGGCUGCAGUUGGAUUGAGUUAGGACGCAGAGUUCAUAUGCUUCUAGCUGGGGACAACUCACAUCCACAAAUGGGACUGAUCCUGGAAAAGUUGGAUAAACUGAAUAUUGAAAUGAAUAAGUUUGGCUACUAUCCUGAUACUAAUAAUGUUCUGCAAGAUGUUGAAGAGCAAGAUAAGGCACAGAUAUUGUGUGGGCACAGCGAGAAGUUGGCUGUAGUAUUAGGAUUACUGAACACAAGUCCUGGGCAACCUCUUCAAGUGAUUAAGAACCUGCGAAUCUGUGAUGACUGCCAUGCUGUUAUAAAAUUCAUAUCCAGCUUUGAACAAAGGGAAAUAUAUGUCAGAGAUACAAAUCGUUUUCAUCAUUUCAAAGAUGGUAUUUGCUCAUGUGGGGAACAUUGGUGAAUUAUUUUUGGUUAGCCUUUGAAUUCCUCUCCAAGAGGAGUUCAUUCUGUGCCAUUGGUUCUUUCGGCUGAUCAACAAACAGAAGCACAUUAACCAUGAUGACGUGUGCUUACAUUAAGUUAACUCGAUCGAUUAACAUCUUCAGAAUAAGGAUUUGUGUAUCAUAUUUUUGUUACUUUAUAAAAUGCUAAAUCCUUUCCAA